UCAAAAAGAGAGGGAGAGGGAGAGAGAGCAGAUCAAAAAGAGAGGGAGAGGGAGAGAGAGCAGGAUGAGUCAGGCGAGCAGAUUCAAGCGGAUGUGCGUCUUCUGCGGCAGCAGCCAGGGCAACAAGAGCAGCUACCACGACGCCGCCAUCGACCUCGCCAACCAGCUCGUGGGUGGGGGCAUCGACCUGGUCUACGGCGGCGGCAGCAUCGGGCUGAUGGGGCUCGUCUCCCAGGCCGUCUACCACGGCGGCAGGCACGUCAUCGGGGUCAUUCCCAAGACUCUCAUGACACCCGAGAUCGUCGGGGAGAUGGUGGGGGAGGUGAGGCCGGUGGCCGACAUGCACCAGCGGAAGGCCGAGAUGGCCAGGCUCUCGGACGCCUUCAUAGCCCUGCCCGCUUCAGCCGCGCCAUUGGCCAAUGCCUUAUACUCUGCCUCGGUGCUAGACCUCGAGACUGUAGGCUGCUUCUUGGAACUCCAAGAUAUAAGGUUGGGUCCAACAAAUAUAGCAAAGCCACCAGUAGAACGCCUGUCAUCAACACAGCCUGCCUAG